GGAAAAGUUAAAAAUGGCGACGGACGAAGUUUGAAGUUUAGCGCCACGAAAGAGACAGAGAGACAAAAAGAGACAGAAAGAGACAAAAAGAGAGAGACAGAGAGACAAAAAGAGACAGAAAGAGACAAGACAGAGAGACAAAAAGAGACAGAAAGAGACAAAAAGAGAGAGACAGAGAGACAAAAAGAGACAGAGAGAGAGACAGAGACAGACAGACAGAAAGAGACAGAAAGAGAGAGACAGAGAGACAGACAGACAGAAAGAGACAGACAGAGACAGAAAGAGAGACAGAGAGACAGAAAGAGAGAGAGAGACAGAAAGACAGAAAGAGAGACAGACACGGACAGAGACGGAGAGACAGAGACAGACAGCAGUCUGUGUGGAGGACCGGAGGACAGACCGGACCAGAGAACGAUGUUUGAGGACCUGAUUGAAGCCCUCUGUGGUCUAGAGCCUCAGGUGUCUCAAGGGGGCGGGGCAUUCCGUGGGGGGCGGGGCCCCGGAGAGGGGGCCGUGUCCAGUCUGAGUGUUGGACAGUUCGUCCUCUGUCAUUGGUCGGAUGGACUCUACUACCUGGGCAAGAUACAGAGGGUGAGCCCUCCCCGGCAGAGCUGCUUCGUCACCUUUGAGGACAACUCCAAGUUCUGGGUCCUCUGUAAGGACAUCCAACAUGCUGGAGUGCCGGGGGAGGAGCCUUGCUGCUCUGUGUGUCAGGAGGCAGAGCCAAACUCUGACAGCCAAUCAAACCCAAACAACCAGAUCCUCAUCUGUGGGAAGUGUGGCAUCGGUUUCCACCAGCAGUGCCAUGUUCCUCCUGUAGAGGGCAGCGUUGGUCUCAGUCCCUGGUUCUGUAGACGUUGUGUGUUCGCUCUGGCUGUCCGGAAAGGGGGCGCUCUAAAGAAAGGUCCAAUAGCCAAAGCUCUGUCCGCCAUGAAGCAGGUCCUACUGUAUGACCUGGACUCUCUGGACUGGGACUCCCAACACCGGACCAAUCAGCAGCAGUGUUACUGUUACUGUGGAGGCCCUGGAGAGUGGUACCUGAAGAUGCUGCAGUGUUUCAGAUGUCAGCAGUGGUUCCAUGAAGCCUGCACGCAGUGUCUGCAGGAGUCUAUGAUGUUUGGAGACAGGUUCUACCUCUUCCUGUGUUCGGUGUGUAAUAAAGGAUCAGAGUACGUCCGCCGGUUGUCCCUGCGGUGGGUCGAUCUGGUUCAUCUGGUUCUCUACAACCUGUCAGUCAGCAGCAAGAAGAAAUACUUUGAGUUAGACGAGAUUCUGGCCUUGGUCUCUGCAAACUGGGAACACUUACAGCUCGGGAAGCUGUCUAACACUCCUCCGUCAGAGAGGGGGCAGCACCUGCUGGACGCUCUGAAUAAAUACAAGAGCAAGUUUUUGUGUGGAAAGGAGAUAAAGAAGAGGAAAUGCAUCUUCCGUCUGAGGACCAGGGUCCCUCCCAACCCCCCCUCCAAACUCUUUCCCGAGCGCGCUCACAAUGACGGAGGGCAGGGCCAUAAGAAAGGCGUGGUCAGGAACAGCAGUGCUUCGGCUGAGAGGAGGAAGAGGAAGUCCAAGUGGCUGCUAGAAGAUGCGAUUCCUAAUAACGAGCUGUCCUGCAGUUGGACCUCCAACCAUCACAUGGCCAACAUCUUUGACUUCACCCUGGAUGAACUGCAGAGCCUGAAGAGCGACUCCAGCAGAUCGCUCAGUAUUGAUCAGGACUCCACUGAUGCCUCCACUUCAGGGUCCGCUACGACGAGCGCCUCCUAUCACUUCAGAAGGAAAGUGGGCAGCAGGAAGAGGAAGUUGCCUAGCAACAGCUACAGUCAGUGGGCCAGUCGCAGUGAGGUAGGGGAGGAGCUCGGAGGGGAGGAGCCUUCUGAGAUACUGGAAGAUCGAGAAGCUAUGAACCAUCUGACCACAGACUCCUCCCACUUCCUGUCUGACCCCUCCCAGAUCCCCUCUGACUCCUCCCACCUCCACUCCUCCAUCUCCUCGUAUUUUGGGGUGGCGGGCAGACUGACCAAUGGGGAGAGGUACCAGGUGUUGGCUCGACGCGUCACUCCUCAGGGGACGGUCCAGUACCUGCUGGAGUGGGAGGGGACAACUCCUUAUUAGGUCGUUAACA